GCCUGGGGAGCAUCAAACCCUGACUACAUCAUACGGCAAAGCUGUGAGCAUUCAAUGUUGACAGGAUUGCGCUUGGAGUGGUCAGCGGCACGACAUGACUGCGCGUCCACCUGGAUUCGUCUUCCAUUUACUCACCCGAAGUACGUCGUGGAACCAGUGGAACAAGAGAGCUGCCUUUCAUGGAACUUGGCUGCGCCUGCCGUUAGCCUAUUUGCGGGUCUUGUUGUACGGUUUUGCGUGGAGAGAGCGGAAUUCUGGAUGCUCGGUGGAGGGUAUUGCAUUGGUGGAGUCACAGGACGGUUGGUAGCUUCUGAUGGGUUGCUAUCGGUGUCGUACAGAAGCUGACGGAGGGUGUGGUCAGGGCCAGUAUCAUGUGUUGAGCAUGAGAAGAUGGUCUACGCUGGGACUCCGGAGGAACCUGGUAAAGGAGGAGAGUCUUUGCGGAGGGUGCCGACGGACAUCUGCGAAGAGUAUAAUUGUGUCACCAAGCAAGCGCAGGGGGGAAAAGACUUUGUGCGAAGUUGCCUAACAGAAGCAUAGCAAACGUCGCGUGCAUGGCAAAGUCGAUUGACUGUCGAUCUGUUCAGAAUUUGACGAGAUUCGAGAGAUGUGGCGCUACAGGCGGUGCUAACCCAAAUCCGGUAUCUUCUCAGGAUCCCGAUGUUCGUCAGCUUCGUGGACCACUGCUCCUGCCAGUUUGUUCUCCUUACACUCUCAUCUUCUCUCCUCUCGCAUAGCCUCUUUAUCUUUUGAAUUGGGACCGGAAGCCUCGGAAUUCUCUCUGGCGCUGCUACGGUCUAUGAUUAGCUCUCGUGCUCGUAUAUAAGGUCUCGCGUUUCUACUCUCUGGCUGCAUCAACAUCCAGUCUCCACGCCAACUAUUAUCUCUCUGCGUACACUAUGGGCAACACCACAUCUACACAUGUCUGCCCCUCUGUCUCUGCCCCUGUCUCUCUCAAGCAUGACUCUCAGCACAAAGUCAUCCUCCGCAAGCGCUCGAUGCCUCUCUCUGUUCUGACACUUGGCUGUGUACCUGCUCCAUCAUACUAUGAAAGUUAUUGUCCUUCAUCUCAGGAGACCACCGUUGCCGACCGCGACGAGAAACUCAGCUUCGACCCUCCUCCGCUCUAUGCCUAUUCAACACACGACUCGGACCUCAAUGUGGACAGCGCGUCAGCCGCAUAUAAGACCUUCCUCAAAACUUACCCCGAAUAUCAUUCAACGUGGAUUCUUGACUCGCUCAGAAGAAGCGACUUCGCAAGACUCGAUCGGGCUGGCGAAACCUACGUAGAUUACAUGGGUGGCUCGCUCUAUCCUGAGAGCCUCAUCCGCGUCCAUACCGAAUUUCUUCAACAAAACAUCCUUGGAAACACUCAUUCCGUAAGCAAUGCAUCUAGUCUCUCUUCCGCAUGUGCCGACGAAGCCCGACAAGCAGUCCUUCAGUACUUCAAAGCCCCUGCAGGUUACACUGUUGUUUUUACAGCCAACGCUUCCGCUGCUCUCAAACUCAUUGGCGAAGCGUUCCCGUUUCAAGAAGGAAGCAGCUACGUCCUUAGCGCGGACUCCCACAACAGCGUCCACGGAAUCAGGAAGUUUGCCUCUCAGCGCGGCGCGCAGGUCACCUACAUUGAAUCUACUCCUCGAGGUGGCUUGGACCUUGCUGACGCUAAGCACAUCCUAGCAGACAACAAACCAAAGUCAAGACACGCCCAGCCUUCGCUCUUUGCCUUGACCGGACAGUCCAAUGUUUCGAACUCCAAGAACCCGCUAUCUCUCAUCAAGUACGCCUCGGCAUUGGGAUAUUCUACCCUCCUGGAUGCCGCAGCCCUCGCGCCGACCUCAGUCUUCUCCUUGGCAGAGCACUCGGUAGAUGCCAUGGCUAUCAGCUUCUACAAGAUGUUUGGUUUCCCGACGGGUGUCGGAGCCCUCGUUGUAAAGGAGUCUUUCCUUGAACAACUCGAGCGUCCAUGGUUCGCUGGCGGGACCGUGGAUGUCGUCCAAGCUCCCGGUAUGCUUUAUACAAUGGUCGGUGAGCCUCAUGAACGCUUCGAGGAUGGCACAAUCAACUACUUGAACCUUCCCGCUGUGACAGAAGGCCUCCGAUUCCUAUCCGCAUACCUCCCGUUCUUACCACUGCGUCUAUCAACACUAACUCAUCACCUCGUCUCUUCACUUUCCGAACUCCGACAUGAUGGCACAGGCACCCCCGUCGCACGGGUGCUUUCACGCGUCCCCUCUAACCGAGUGAAGACUGUGGGUGGACAGUCCGAUUGUGGGUCAACCGUAUCCCUCAUUUUCCUAUCUCCCUCUGGCGAAAUGCUCCCUCUUUCCUUCAUAGAACAUGCCGCGACCUCUCAAAAUAUCUCCCUCCGCACAGGUUGCAUGUGCAAUCCGGGUGGUGCCGCUGCCCUUCUCGACGUCCGAGAUGACAUGGCCCUUCUCUACCCCGGAGUCACCAUGCGUGACUUUGAGCAACAGGUUGGGAGAGAGCUGGGUGUCGUCCGGAUUAGUCUUGGGCUGGCCAGCAACUUCCAAGAUGUGUGGAGGGUGAUUCAGUUUGCGACUGACAUGGGGAAGGAGGAAGUGAGGGCAGCUAUGUGGAACGCUUGGGCGGAGGAAAAGAUUGGGAUGGCGUACUAGGACACCUUCGCGUCAGGCCGAUUCAAAAGUUCGAGUCAGCAGACUCGGACAAUAUGCAACCCUUUCGUCUUCAAGCAUAUCUCGCUGUUCUUCAAGUUUGCCCCUUUCAUACCAUUACUAUCACUCUCAACGGAACGGAACGGAUCUGGAUCUCUGAAGUUACGCACUACGCAUUUAUCGUUUGCUAUUUAUUCGUCUCUCUUUUACUUUAUUCGUUUCUCCACAACCUGCAUAUGUACUCAUAUCCAUGUCUCCAAGCCCCUCUCGAGCUCCCGGCGUUGUAUCACUUCCUCCUUCCCCUCUCCUCGUCUCUCUCCACACUAUAUUCAAACUUAAUAACAUUCGCGCAUCCCUUGUAUCACUCGCUAUUUCCUUACCCGCUUUGUCAAUGAAUCGAAUUGUCGUCGAAGUCUUCUCACCGUC